AUGUCUUGGCAAGGAUACGUUGACACAAACCUGGUCGGCACGGGCAAGAUCAGCCAGGCUGCCAUCAUCGGUCUCAAAGGUGGUGUUUGGGCGACCAGCUCGGAUUUCAAUCUCACUGCCGAAGAGCAAAAAGCAAUAAUUGCCGGCUUCGACGAUCCCUCGGGCUUGCAAGCUGGUGGUGUGCGUGCUAACGGCAAAAAGUUCUUCACACUCGGUGUCACACCAAGGACGAUUUACGGAAAGCAAGGUGGAGACGGACUGGUAGCGGUCAAGACCAACCAAGCCGUGCUCGUAUGCGUUUACAUGGCACCGAUCGUCCCCGGCGAAGCCAACAAGGUCGCUGAGGGUCUCGGUGACUACCUCGUCAGCGUCGGCUACUGA